GCCGCUGCAUUCGGGCAGCACUACACGCCGACGACGACGCGAACGCGCUUUUCACACGUAACGCAAAUUAAAACGCAAACGAAAACCGAAAUCAAUAAAUUUUAAAUCAAAACAUUGUACCAAUAUACAAAUAUUCGAUGAUAUUUAUUUGAUAAAUAAUCUAUUUACCAAAAUAAGACUUUUACAAAAAAUUUAUCGGAGUCAUUAAAGUGUAAACAAAAACUAUCGAGUGAUCAAAGACAAAGAAAUUUGGUGCACAAAGUGAUCGUCGGGGUGAAAAUUUAUAAAUCCUCCGAGGUGUUGGAAGAAAGCAAAGAAAAAAGGCUCAAAAGCCGUCGAUGAUGGAUUUAAUCCGUGAUGAAAUUGUUUUCCACACAGGAAACAAUCAAUAAAGCGUGAUUAAUCACUUAGUCCAGAAUUUUUCCAACAACUAAAAGUGAAUAAUUUGGCUGCCGACAAUGAGAAACCGCAAGACUGUCGUUGAGAAUCAUGUGACACUUUGAAAACAACUUUUUGUGCACUUUUGCGCCGCACACAACGAAUUUAUUAUACUUGCAUUGUUUGCAUAUCUAACCUACAAACCAACGGAAACAUAUAUACACGUUCAUAGUUUAGCUCGACGGAUAUAAGUUGAAUAAAAGUUGAAAAUAAUACAAACCGAACAGCAACAACACGGAGAAGUUCAGAGAAAUGUUGUGCUUGGACAUGAGGCUAGUGCAGCGGUUGAGAGGCGAGCGCACCGAAGACGCCGCCGCCAGGGAUCGAUCUAAGAGCGUGUGCGUGACCAGCUUCAGGAGUAAACCGCCGAGGGACGUAAGCGCGCUCAAGCUCUUUCAUCGGCGUGCCAGCAGCGCAAUUUCAACGGCCAGCGACUUAAUAUCCAGACGUGGCGUCUUCUCCAGACGGUAUUACGGCUCCGUGGAGCAAUUGCAACAGCCGCCCGAAGUCGACGGACAGGAGCACUGUCGACGCUUCCGGAUUGAGAAUGGCGACUCUCCGGGUGAAAAGGACGAGAUGUUCGGGUCACCAUCGACUCCGGUGUUGGAAAAUCCCGAAUAUCAAACCCGCUGGUACUUUAAGUACUUCUUGGGCAAGCUCCACCAAAAUUACGUGGGUUUGGACGGCGAGAAAACGGCGUUCUUCCUGAGCGUUGUACUGAAUGAGAACAGUAACCAGUGUGUGCCUCUGUACCGAGCGAUUUUGUUCCGGAAAAUGGGAGCGCAAAAAAUUUCGUUGCCUUAUGUACAAAACAAACUACUCACGGUGAAGCAGAUCCUAUCGAACUUCCCCAACAUGGAGCGGCUGGAAAAGAACCCCAAGGAGAUCUUCUCGCCGGACAUCCAGAAAGAUUUAUUACUGCUCGAGGAGCAGGAGGGCUCCGUCAAUUUUAAAUUCGGCGUCAUCUACAUGAAGCACGGCCAGACAACAGACGAUGAAAUUUUAAGCAAUGAGUUCGGGAGUGAGUCAUUCAGCACGUUCCUAUCGCUUCUGGGCGAGACCAUUCGGCUGAAGAAUUGGGACAAGUAUCGCGGAGGGUUGGACAUCAAAGGUGACAUGACAGGAAGGUAUUCAGUGUAUACGAUAUACGAAGGGCACGAGAUCAUGUUCCACGUCUCGACGUUGCUGCCCUAUUCGCGGGACAAUCGCCAGCAGGUGGAGCGUAAACGACACAUCGGCAACGACAUUGUAAACAUUGUGUUUGUCGACUGCUCGGAGGACAACGAUGUAGACGCGCAUGGAGUAUUCAACCCAACAUGCAUCAAAUCACAAUUUACUCAUGUCUUUGCUGUUGUGAGUGUGGAUGCGCAGAGGCGUUAUCGCUUGUCGGUGUUCUCUGAUGAAGCAGUACCACUUUUUGGACCAUCUCUGCCCUGCCCGCCUGUUUUUGAAGACGCCGAACUCUUUAGGGACUUUCUUCUUGUGAAGUUGAUUAAUGGAGAGAAGGCAACUUUUGAAACACCAACGUUUGCUCGGAAGCGUGAACGCACUCUUGAUAUGCUUAUCAAGGACCUUUACAGUGAACACAUGACCGAUCAACGCAUGACAAUGUUGAAUCGUCGUGCGUUUUCUGAUGUUUUGGCUGAAACACCAAGGCAUUCCCGCCUCAAGGAGGAUUCUCGUCAGAUCGAGUUUGUUCGUAUUGGGCAGGCUCUGAAGUUAGAGGCGAUCGUGCGUGGUGAUGCACCAACGAGUCUGGCGUCGGCUGGUGCCGCAGGCACAGUGUUCAAACGUUCUCCGUGGGAAGCCAAUUGUUUUUACCCUGUUUUUCCAGCGAGUACCAUUUUGGCAGCGGACUCCUGGGGCGAUAACCGGUUGGUCAUCGCUACUGAUGAUGGCGUCUAUGUUGUAGAAGAUGGUAAUACCCAUCGGCUGCUCAUCGACAAAACCUUACAAGUGCGACAAGUGAGCGUCGUCGAACCGCACGGGAUUUUAUUGCUGCGGGCGGGGGCGUCUAAUCGUGAAGGCAAGAUUUAUGUGUUUCGCCUCUCGCAGUUGGAGCUGAUAACCGAGCCAAAGACCCGCAUGGACCUGAAAGAGCAUCGGCUGGAACGCACACGUGGCACUCAUCUCUACGCGUUGUCAAGAACUGGCGGGUCGAGAUUAAGGAUGUGUGUUGCCAUCGGUCGUAGACUCACCAUGUUUCAAUGGAAGCAUUCAGCUGCAUGGACGGCGUGGUGUCCCUCGAGUGAUACCGACACCGUUGAGGGAUUCACCUUUUUAUGGGAGAUAACACUCAACGAGAACCCAAGCAUAAUGACGAUAUUGGAGAGCGGUUGGAGUCCCAUCUCACCAACACAUUCAGAUAUAUUAGUCUGUGUUGGAUACAAGCAUCAUUGGGAUAUUGUAAAUGGACGAUCCGGACAGGUGCAGUAUUUGCACACGGUGAAGGGCGACCGACCGCAUUUGGUCACCGCGCUGGACAUCUACGAGGACCAAGAGGUCCAAUUACUACUGUGUCACAAUCACACGUGUCAUUUUCAAAAGUUGCAUGACGAAGGCACUGCAAAUGGCAGCAAUGGUACCAACGGAAGCAACGAACAUGACUUUCAUUGGAAUUUUGUUCCUUCUGAUAUUGUGUGUGCAUUUCCGUACGUUAUUGGUUUCACCAAUAAUUUAAUGGAGAUCCGUCUGAUUGUCAAUGGUAAUUUGGUGCAUACAAUGACAAUGCCCAAGCUGCAUCUGAUUGCGUCGAAAAACGACAUUUAUUUUGCGACCACAGCGCCGGAGUUUUUCCCAACGCGGAAUGAUCGUUUGCUAUUAGAUACGAAAGUCAACGAAAAACCCUCGCCACCAUCAAGUCCCAACGUAUCACCGGAAGCACGUCCAUUGCGUAUUUAUCGCAUUCCGCUGCACGCGUUAAACCGCAACGCCAACCAUGAGCCGCAUCAAGCGGCACAAACUCAUCAUCACUGCGUCAACGAAUCGCCAACAUCAGGCUGGAAAUCAAAGUCCACCUGUCUCACCAUCCCCGAACAGCCAAGGGUGUCACGUAGUGCCACCAGUUCGCCCAUUCCCAAUAAGGGCAAAAUGUCGGCGCAAGUCAAAUGAAUCAUUGAAUUUACUUAAUACACAACACCUUAGAUUUUCUAUCUUCGUAUUCAAGUAUGCAAUGUAUCAAAGUAAAAUAAUCUUAGUGAUAAAAUUUAAAAAAACGACCAUAAUAUAAAGCAAGUGUGUAAUAUUAAUAAGAAUCUAUAUUUUGGAGCUUGAAAUGCAGGCAUGGAUGCUCAAAUGAUUAAUUCAUCAAUUAUAUUCUAGUCAUCUAUUAUUUCUCUUGGAGUAUUUGUCUGUGGGUUGACAUUUGACAUUUGCGGGUUGUGAAUUUGUGAUUUAUCUCGAAUUUAAGAAAUAUCGCCGCUGCCAACUUGCAUCAUGCCAACAACCAUUCUGUCACUUAAAACUACCGUAGACUUUUACGUUAAAACAUAUUAUCUCUACAGAGUAAAAAUAAAAUAUAUCUAUACAGUAAUAUACAAAGAAAGUAUAUUGGAGAAUAUAAUCCAAUGGUUGAUACGUUGUCAAAUUUUAUAAUGUAAUCUAACUUGCAUUUAAAUCAUCAUAAUUCUUUGUAUCUACAACUAUGAAACUUGUUCUAUGAAGUGACGAUUGACUAUAUGAUAAAUAUAUUCUAUAAAAGUCUAUAAAUUAUUAAUCAUACAAUAACACGUAUAGAAAUUAAUUGAUAGAUGCUAACGUGGACAAUUGAACGGAAUGAUAAGCAAAAAUAAUUUAUUGCAUCCCAACAGGGAGAUUUGUAGUAACAAAUAAGAAACAUGAUUUGGUCAAGAUGUUUACGUGGCCUACAAUUGUAAUUUUGUCUUAAUUACAGAAAAAAAAUUUAAUUUUUGAACAAAAAACUAAUUUAUUACAUUUUAGUUAUUUUGUUUGCAGCUAUUACAUUUAAUUACCGUGUUUUGUAUAAUAGAGAUAAAAAUAAGAUAUUAAGCUAAAUAUUAAGAUUAAAAAUAAUAACUAUAUAUUUGACUGAUGUAUAUAACAUAACUAAAUUUCAUUGUGCUCUGCAAAAUUCAAACUAAUUGUAGAUAGAUGCACACAUAUUCUGUUAUCAAUUAAUUUCACGAUUUAAUGAAUGUCAAAAUUAGAAUCUAGUGUUUUCUAUGAUGAAAAAUGCAAGCAAUCUUCAUUCAUUCUCUUCGAUCACUGAUUUCACUGACAUGUACAGAGCUUUUCAACAUAACAUACAUUUUUAUAUUAUAUGUGUAUCAAUAUAUAUUUUAUUUAUUAGAAAUAAAUUACAUAAGGUCGUUCGGUAACAAUUUCGGAUUGAUACGGGUCAUAACUGCUACAACUACAAAAACACAAACAAAGAAUCUCUAUAAAUAUAAAUAUUACAUAGAUUAAAAUAAAAUACAUAUUGACGUGUUAUGAUAUAUGCAUAUUACCAUUUACAAUAUGGCGUGUUACACAGAAAUUUGUUAGAAUCUAUACAGAACAUAUACUCAACCAAGCAAACAAAACUUCUAUCAAAGAAAAUUUCGAAAGAACCUGUUACUGUUACUUCCCUCAUACAGAUAUAUAUAUCAGAAACAUGUACCCGAUAUUGUUCUAACAUACAUUAUAUAUAAAUCAGUGUAACUAACAACUAACAUGAUGAUUGUUCACUAAAUAUCAACAUUGUCUUUCUCUGUGUGUAAUUAAUCAGAUAACUGUGUGGAAAAUACAAUAAUGCAACAACUGUAAACAUCCAAAUGCAUUUUAAGCACUGCAAGAUGAAACAAUUUAAGAUAUAAUAACGAUUGAGAAUUGUGUGUGACUUUAAGCAUAUUAAAAAUUAAUCAUGCACCAAUACAGGAAUAGAAAUCAUGCAAGAUUAUGUGACUAUGUCACAAAUUGAGGGCAAGAGAAAAAUGUACAUUACAGCAUAAGAAAAUCUAUGAGAAUAAAGUAUUGCAUCUGUA